UGGUGGUUUUUUUUUCGCGUUAUUUUGGAUUUUCUCACGACGAUUUGGCUUUGUUUUACUUUUAUGGACUUUGGUGGCUCUGUUACAUUUCUUUGACCAAUGGCGGCAGAAAAAAAGUGUUGUGUGCCAAAUUGUGGUUUGUCUAAUGAAAUUCUUCACAAAUUUCCUAACCCUAAUAAAGAUAUUGAUCGCUUUAGAACCUGGAUAUAUAAUGUUGGGGGUGACAUUUUGGGAAAGGAUAAUGAAUACAUCUUUAAGUACAGAAGAGUAUGCCACUUACAUUUUGAGAGCAAAUAUCACACCAGGAACAAAACACUUUCAAUUAAUGCUGUCCCCACACUUAGGUUAUCAAAGAAUGGAAUUCGUCCUGAGGAUGCAAAGGACACUGCAGACUUAUUAAUCUUUAUAGAUAAGUCAUUUGAUUCAAUGAAUGGAAGUUUACAAAAAGCAAAAACCUGCAGUGGCAAAGAGUUAUUAAGAAAUGUAACACCAAAUACUCUGCACAAAAAUAUAUGGACUCAAUCGAAAAAUACAUUGAAAUCAAUGAAGUUUGUAUCUGCCACAGGAUCUCCUGGCAUUAGCAGGCGAAGUGUAGCCAGAAUAGUCAAGGAGAGGAAUACGCCGCAGCCAUCAUCUUCUAAGCCGUGGCGAAUUAAAACCAGAAAAAUUAGGUGUGACAAAAUAAUUCUAGACGAGUAUGAAGAAGGACUCUUGCGUCGGAAAAUACACGAGUUCUAUGCUCAUAAGCAAGAGGUUCCCACUGUGAAUAAGUUGUAUGAGAUUUUGCGAGAGGAAAUCGGAUUUCAAGGGAGCAGGGAGAUAUUACGGAAGAUAAUAAAGAAUAUAGGUUUUAAGUAUGUCAGAUCGAAGACAAAUAGACGGGUGUUGGUGGAACGGAAUGAUCUGUCUGCCAGUCGCGCGUAUUAUUUGCAGGCAAUAAAACAAAAUGAAGAAACUGAGAAACUACCAGUUAUAUACUUGGAUGAGACAUGCAUGGAAGUUGCUACUAUAGAUGGAAAUAAUCCUAACAAAAAACAGUCAUACCUAAUAAUGCAUGCGGGUAGCAAAUCUGGUUUUAUCCAUGGAGCAGAUUUAAUUGUAAAAGCCCACUUAAAAUUCGAAGAAGACAAUGUAAGCCAAGAAGAUUUCAUACUAUGGGUGAAACAAAAACUGGCGCCAAAUUUAAAAGAAAAAUCUUUAAUAGUUAUGAAUAAUGCUGUACAUCAUAAUAAAUUGAUAAACAGUACGCCAACAUAUAAUUCGUCGAAGGAGGAAAUACAAGUAUGGCUACAAGGGAACGGUAUAAUAGUUUCUAGUGAACUGACUAGACCGCAAUUGAUAGAAAUUGUGAAGAAGAAUAGGCCGGAGCCGGCGUAUGUUGUGGAUGCGGUUUUAAACGCGUUGGGUCAUAAGGUACUGCGUAUACCACCCUUCCAUAACGAUCUAAAUCCCAUGGGAAAGAUUUGGGCAAGACUAAAGAGACAGAUGAUGACAGACAAUAUACCACAAGAUGAAGUUCCACAGCUUAUAAAGGAAAAACUAGAAAUCAAUAAACCUACACAUUGGUUGCACUAUUGCGGCGAAGUUAGUAAAAUUGAAGAACAAUAUCGUAAACAUGAUGUGUAUUUGGACGAUCCGUGUUAUAUAGAUGUGUGUUUUGAUUCUGGGAGCAGUGAUGAUGAUGAUGAUGAUGAUUUUAUGUGAAUUGUAGGGAAUUUUUGAAGGUGUGCUUCAAGGAACCGGUCUGGGUCCAUCGCUCUUUCUUAUACAGGGUGUCCCACUAUUGGUAUACUAAGCGCGAAGGAACUUGUAGUUUAACAUACACUGAUCAUGUAAGAAAUACUUAAACAACAAAAUUACGUCAAAAUUAUUUUUGCUAAAUUUUUCCUCAAAAUCCAUGUUUGCUUCUCUAGCUUCGUGCAGCCGGCAUAUACCGCUUCUCUAAUGUGAGCAUUUUGUCUAUCAAAACAUAAUCAUAAACGAUAAUUCACGUGCUGGUGGCAAAGUUGGGCGGGUUGCUUGUUAGGGGUGAUACAAAGAGUUUUAAGAAUUCAUCUAUUUGAAAAAAAAAAUGCGUCUGGAAU